AUGCCAGAAGCCAAGCUCGGAGGGAACUGCUCUACUAUCGACAGCUGCUACACGCGCAGCAGUGUCUGCGUAGGUGGCAUCUGCACCUGCCGAAUCCAUUACGCACAGAAGGGUGGAUCUUGCGUCUACGUGGGUGACACGCACUGGAAGAUCGUCGUGGCAUACUUGCUUCCGUGCAUCGUGGCAUUCGUGAUGUUAUCCAUCGUGCUGCUCGCAUUCUGCAGCGUCAUAACGCAGCGUUACCAAGACGUUCUGUGGAGCCACAGCAUGCGGGCGGAGGAGCAGCGGGUGUCACUCGCGGUCGACCCGAGCAACGACCCCAGCAGCGGAGUGUGCUCGGCCGCCCUCACGGACGACCGGAAGCACGUCGAGUCGGGUGGCCCCGUGGCCAGCACCGAGAGCUCGGACAACGUGACCCGGCCUGGCGUUCGAUUCAAGCAGGAGCUGGCUUCCCAGCAGCAGCUCACAGAUGGUGGUGCCACAGAUAGCAGCUUCCGUAGGCGUCGCCACAGCUCCUACUCCAACGAUCCGUCGUCACCGCUGCACACCACCAUCGACUUGAACGCCGAACUCAUGGCCAAGCUCAUGGCUUCCAUUGAACGCCGGCUGUCGUCGCCGCCCAGAAAGGCUCGCGCCGCGAUUGACGUCACCCCGGCUACGCCCCCUGCGAGCCCCGCGGACGCAAUGUGCCCUGACGGAGCCGCGCGACCUGACUCUGGCACGGUGACUCCAGACGGAAUGAAAGUGGCCGGCGCUAGCACCAUCGGCGCUUAUAGUCCCAGGCCCAUCAUCAAGAAGACACGCAGCCAUUCUAUUCCGGCGCUGCUGGCCCUGGACGAGCAACAGCGCGUGCGAAAGGUUGUACGCAUCGGCUCACAGGAGAUCUCAAGCACGGUGACGUACGUGCCGUACGACAACGAGACUGCGCUCCAGGAGACUGUGGAAUGGCCCACUCUGCGCGAUGAUGUACUCCAGGAGCGGUUCCCGAACUUGGCCGCACUUUCGGAGGCGUCUAUCAAUGACGCAAUGCAGGCGGUCGCUGCGGCACACGAGAAAAAGCCGGAGCCAAAGAGCGAAGCUAAGCUAGUUGGGUUGCCCGUGGAGGAAGAGGUGAGCGGCCUCGGCGGCGAGGAGCUCAUGUUCGGCGUGGGCCUGACUGCCGACUUCAUGGACUCCUCGAACCCGGAGGAGUCGUUCCGGCUGCCCAGGCUGAAGGCGGACGAGAUGCCCCUGCGGUUUCCGCAGCUUGCCCAAUUGGACCAGCCGGCCUUCCGAGAGGCCAAGUGAUGCGAAAAGGAGAUUUGGCGACAGUUAACUGUUGCGUGGCCUCCGAGAUCGCGCCCGCGCCCACCGGUAUUGUGAACUGUUUGAAAAACUUUUUGCUACCGGAUGCGAUAUGUGCGACCCUUAGUUAUACGUUUAGCUUCAUUCUGUUCAUAAAUCAUUUUGUCUUGUU